AAGUCAACUCAUACCCAAGAAUCUGGUUACGAGUUGACUCCUCCUCUUCAAUCAUUGAUGACAACUCGUACCUAAGCGAUAUAUCACAUAUAUGCGCAUACAUGUUUUGCAUUAUGGGCAGAUUCUUGGGUACGAGAUGACUUGCCUUUUGGGUACGAGUUGACCUAUGAGGUUCGAGUUGACCUGGGUACGGGUCGGUCAGGGUACGAGUUGACUAGAAAUCGUUUGCCACAAAUGCUAAUACGGAGCCAAAAUGGCCCCUGCGAUUGGUGUUUUGAUUUUCCGAUGAAUCGGCUGUAUACAGUAUAACGAUAACUGUACCAAUAUACAUUACAUUUUUUUUUUUUUACAAUUCAGCCAUUUAUGAACCCAUCUGAUACGAAUCCGUAGGUGUAUGUUGGAUAACGGAAAUUGUUGGGGUAUUGCGGUAUUUACGUGAGAUUGCGGGAAUUUCUACUUUCCUGUUCUGAACAAAUUAUUUUCCAAGAAGAGAGAAAAUGAAUUCAUCAUGUAGAUAUGUAGCAUUGCAAAUCUUUGUUCUACUUUCAGUGGAGACAUUGAGAGCCAACUCUGAUUCCUGUCCUAUAUCAAGAACCACAGUACAAACAGCCAUAGACUGUCCAGUCACGGAGGAAGGAUGGAGGAAAGCUGCAGAAAGGAAAAACUGUUCAGCUUAUGCAGACCAGUGUAGUCAACCUGACAAGCUUGUGUAUCAUUGUGUCAUUAAUCCGUUUGUUAAUGAAACAAUGGAAGUCUGUGCCUAUUGGAGGAACAUUGUAUUUGGUCGUUGUACAGAAUACAGCUACAGUGCCAACAUAAUUCAGCAGAGUCGCAGUACAGAUUGUACUAAAUUCACAGACAGGCCAUGUCCUCAAGGAUAUCCAUCUACAGAGGCAUACAAGUACCCUGGUUGCUAUGAUCUGGCAAAAGCGUCUUCAACAGAAAAUCCAACAACUCUGCAGACCUCUGAUCCUACCCUGUCAACUCAGGAUGUUGAGAAUAUUACAACUUUUGAAGAAUCAAGGAAGAAAGAGUUUGGGGACAGUACACUAGAGUUGGGUACCGCAGAAAAUAAAGGUACCGCGGUGUACCGUGGUAUUUGCAAAAUACCGCAGUACAUACCACGGUAUACCGCAGAUUUAAUGUUUUAAUUGUAUGAUUCAGUUUUAGUGGAUUUUAGUUGUGAUUUAUUGUAUAUAAUGAGCUGUUAUUAGUUUAUUGAUUGUAAAUUGCAUUUAAUUUAUUCAAAUAUAAAUGAUAAGGAAAAUAUCUUAUUUAAAUCUUAAACCAGUUAACAGAACAAAAGUUUAAUCCAAACAUAAAAGUAUACCGUACAUACAAUAUAGCAGUGUUUCUGUAUCAUGACUAGAAUCGACUGUGACUAGACUACUGACUGGAACGACUAUUAAAAUAAUUAAUAGGGGGAAACCUGUGGAUUUUAUUUGACACGAUCUCAAAGUCUAGAAGUUCUUAGAGUCGCGAAUGACGAGAACUUCUACAUGUAGAAUACGCCUGUCCACUUCUCUAAAGAGAAUAACGAGAACAUGUGCGCACGAACGUGUUCUUGUUCUUCGACCACAAUUCCUACAUUCUUGCACCUCAAACCCAUUAACUCGGCGUUCAGAAUCGGCAGGAAUUUGUACUCGCGCGACGAACGGUGGUUUCGAACGCACAAGUCUGCAUCUGCCAUUUUAUUUUAUUUUUUACUUGGGGUUUGCCUAAGAGGCGGAAAUGGUAUUCGACCAGCAUAAACCAAACAACAUAAAAACAAUUUUUAUAAUCUACCUUAUAUAUUAAAAUAAUAACUUAAUGAAAUGUUUUCUAUUAUUUUUUUCUUUAAUUUUGAUUUGUUUUCAUAUCAUUAAUAAUCAAAUCAUCGCAAUUUAUACUUCGUAUGUUUUACCGAUUGUGUACAGUUAUUAGACUUACCUUUCAUUGCAUCACAACGAGGGAACGAUGUAAAUAAAGUGAGUCACUGCGUACACAAAUUUCUUUAAUUAUUUUUUCUUGUUUCAAUUUUCUAUUUUUGUUAAGAGUUAUCAGACUUGAAUAUACCGGUAUUUCGCCUCGUGUACCGCGGUACAUACCGGUACCAGAAAAAUACCGGUACACCGGUAUACCGGUAAUACCGCGCACCUCUACAGUACACUACAAAGGGUUGUAUUGAUCGUGGUGUCACUACUGGUUGGAUCUUGUGUACUACUAGUCUCUGUCAGAAUUUACCUUCUGAGAAGGAAAAGGCAUGAACCAAUUCCUGAUAAGGAUGCAACUCCCAUGAGUCAAAAAGGAGGUUCUUGUACUGAUAGCAGUGAUAAUAUAUCAAUGGCAGCAGCAGUACAUUUAAAACCAGUUGCAGCAUGGGAAGGAAGUACUGCUGUGUUCCAGGAUGUUUAAAUACAUCAUCAACAGUUACCCCGGAAGGCAUAAAAAUUGUUCUCCAUCGGCUACCUAUGUCAGAGAAAAAAAACCCAAACUAAAACAAGAAUGGAUUCGCAGGCUGAGAAAUGUGCGUGCAGAUUUAAUUGUUAAUGACAGUACUAGAGUUUGUUCAGAGCAUUUCCAAGGAGAGUUUAAUGACUCAUCAGUACCUACUAUAUUUCCAUCAAAGCAACCUGUAGUUGUAAAGCAAAGACGACCUGUCGUUAGACAUCUUGCAGAAACUGCAUGUAACACUGAAGAGGAAUUUGUAUUGGACGACUCCACAGACGAAACAAAAGAAAACAUUGUUCCUAUUGUGUCGGAAAAAAGUGAAAGUGCUCAACACCCUUCAAAAUUCAUACAUCAAAGAUGCAACACUGAACAGAGUGAAACUGAGAGUAAAGAAAUCCAAGUUGGAGAACCCUCUCCAGUGAUGCAAGAUGCUUGUACACAAGUUUCCUUACCAUAUAUCUCACCAGUGGAUCUAAGAUACAACGAUGAGAAAACAAGAUUUUACACCGGUUUUGUAUCUUUUGCUAUGUUCUGGCAUUAUCUGAACACACUAGUUAAACAUGGUGCAGACAAACUUUAUUACUGGGAAGGAGAACAAAGAUGUGCUAACACACCCAUACCAGCUUAUCACCAAACUGAUGGACACAAACCAGGGAGAAAACGUUUCCUCCGACCAGCAGAUGAAUUUCUUUUGGUGUGUAUGAGACAAGACUGGGUCUAUUGCAAGAGCAUCUAGCAGAUAUCUUUUGUAUAUCUACCACAACCGUUUCUCGGAUCAUAAAGACUUGGACGAAUUUCUUAUAUGACCAUUGUAAAGGACUAAUACCAUGGCCCUCCAGAGAGCAAAUAAUGUGCAAUCUCCCAAGUGGAUUUCGUGAUUACAAGAACUGUCGUAUUGUUAUUGAUUGUACAUAAUUGUAUACAGAGAAACCUUUUUCUCUGAUUGCUCAGUGGUUAACAUGGUCCGAGUACAAGCACUCCAACACUUUCAAGAUUCUUAUUGGUGUUCCACCGAAUGGAUUUGUGACUUUUGUAUCUAGGCUAUGGUGUGGUUAUGCUUCUGAUCGUCACAUAGUACAACAAGAUGGCCUUUUACCAAAGUUGAGCCCAGGAGACAUGAUAAUGGCUGAUAAAGGUUUCACCAUUGAGGAUCUUUUACCAGCUGAUGUUGACCUCAACAUACCACCAAGAAUCCCUGGUAAUAGGCAAAUGACUCCCAGUGAAUUCUUUAAAACUCAAGCAAUAGCAUCAACUCGUAUUGUAGUUGAAAUGAAAAUGGAACAAGUGAAAAACUACCGUAUCCUUGGUGGCACACUUCCACUAAAUGAGGCACAUCUUGCUGAACAAAUGAUCAAUCUCCUCCCUUCUCUAAUGAAAUAAAUUUGUCAUUUGACAUGCUAUACUAGAUACAUCUUUGCCAGUAAAUUAAGUUUUUAGUCAUGAUAUUAUUUGAAAAGUAAAAAAGAUUAAAAUAUAAUAUUAGAAUUUCUCUUUCACUUCAAUAAAAUAUAAUCUACAUCUUACAAUACACAAUUAUGAAUUUUAAUACUGCUGGUACAUAUGGUAUUUUUAAUCAGUAUUUAUCAAUGUACAAACAUUUAAUUCAUAAAAUACAAGGUAUAUAUAUUCAACACACACACUCCAAGUCUUAGUCACAAUAAAUCAAAUAAUUCAUUGUAUAGUUUGAUCAUGUGCUUAUACAAGAUUUUUCACAACCUUGCAUUUGUUAACAUACACAAAAUUGUAUUCAUUUUAUAGAAUUUGUGUUUAUGGUUGAUAUACAUUUUAUACAAUUACUAUUUCUGUUGUGUUCUUCUUUUUAUGUCUUGAUUAUGUUCAACAAUACAUUUAUUUAUACAAGUAUUAAAUAAAAUAUGAAAAUUC